AUGUCAACUCCAAGUUCUGCGCACCUCGACGACUCAUCUGACGACUUUUCGAUGCAUUCCGACGAGGAGGCCCCUGUGCUCACUUGCACAGAUCCAUCCUUGGGCUAUCAAAAGUACUUCAACUGCAAGAAGCUGUCCGACGUCAUCAUCAAGUAUGGAUCGCAAGGCGAACACACCUUUCACGGCCAUAGGGUCUUGUUGGCAACUCAGUCCCAGUACUUCGAUAAGCUUUUCAACAAGGUGUUCACGGAUGUAAAAGAGGUUGUGUUGGAAGAAGAUGAUCCCGAGAUGGUGGAAGUCAUCCUAAAGCUAGCAUAUGGUCACCAACCGCAAUCUCCCACGCUCGAAGGAACGCUCGAGAAUGUCCUUUUUGUCAUUCAUCUUUUCGAGAUUUCCACAAAGUACGAAUUUUCGGAGUUUGAAGAGUUGGCUGUCAUCGGGUUUACCGUCUCUCUAAACAGAUUCAUCAACCAGACCGCAAACGGACAAGGCCCUACAUUCGUUGAGCUGACGACGAUUAUCGAGUCUGUAUACGAGAUUCAGGCUGGGCGAUUAAUUGAGUCUCUCAUACAGAUCCUAACCACGAACCCGCACGUCUGUGCCUUCAGGACAUGGGACAGUCUCUCGCUUCUGGUCUUGAGCGUUGCACGGCAAGAGUCACGUUUCGAGGGCAGUCUUCGCGAGGAGUUCCGGAAGGUUAGGCCGUCAGAACAUGAGGCUCUAGAUGCGGAGAUGUCCGGCACUAGCUAG